GUUCGGGUGAAAAUAAUGUGGAUUUUUUGGACAGUGGCUGUGCCAUGAGGAAGACAGUGACUCGCCAAAACUCUAAGCUAGGAGGAGAAUCCAGCAAGUCUGACUUCAUUAUCUGGGAAAUAGAGGUCCCAAAGGAAUUAGUUGGACGCUUGAUUGGCAGACAGGGAAGAUUUAUGAGCUUCUUGAGGCAAGCAUCUGGUGCCAAAAUUUAUGUCUCAACACUACCUUAUUUCCAUGACUCCCAAGUCUGUCACAUCGAAGGCUCCCCGCACCAAGUAGAAAAAGUACUGAGCCUGAUUGGCAAGAAGUUCAAAGAGCUGAGUCUCACCAACAUCUACGCUUUACCUCCACCAGCACCACUGACGCUUCAUUCCCUCCUUAUGACUGCCUGGCUCUUCCUCCCGGAUGGAGUCACUGUAGAGGUGGUUGUGGCAAACCAAGUCGAUGCAGGGCACAUGUUUCUACAGCAGCAUACACACCCCACUUUCCACGUCCUGCGUAGCCUGGACCAGCAGAUGUACGCUUGCUAUUCUCAACCUGAAAUUCCAACCCUGCCAACUCCAGUAGAAGUUGGCAUUAUCUGUGCUGCUCCGGGCCUGGAUGGGGCAUGGUUUCGGGCUCAAGUUAUUAGCUACUUUGAAGAGACCAAUGAAGUGGAGCUCAGAUAUGUGGACUAUGGAGGAUAUGAGAAAGUGAAGAUUGACACCCUCCGACAAAUCAGGUCUGACUUUUUAUCACUACCUUUCCAAGGAGCAGAAGUUUUACUAGAUAACGUGGUGCCACUUCCAGACGAGGAUCGCUUUUCAUCUGAAGCCGAUGCUGCCGUUAGUGAGAUGACCAGAGGGGCAGUCCUCGUGGCGCAGGUCACAAAUUAUGACAGUGCAACAGGUCUGCCGCUGAUACAGCUGUGGAACUUGAUGGGAGAUGAGGUGGUGUCGAUAAACAGAACUCUGGUGGAAAGAGGAUUUGCUCAGUGGCUUGACUACUAGCAACGUCCUAGAUGCCACAACAACUCUUUC